AUGAUUGUCUUGAAAGUUGACUUUGAUAAAAGGUUUGAUAGCAUAAGUUGGUCUUUCUUGAAAAAUAUGAUGAUGCUUAUGGAAUUUUGUGAUAAAUGGAUUUCAUGGAUUAUGGCUUGUGUCUCUUACGCCAAAAUAUCAGUUCCUGUUAAUGGAAAUCUUGUUCCUGUUAAUGGAAAUCCUACAGAUGAAUUCAAAAAUGAAAGAGGAGUUCCUCAAGGCUGUCCAUUGUCUUUUCUCUUUAUCAUCGCAACAGAGUGUCUUAGAGUGGUGGUCUUCGAAGCGGUUGAAAAAUGUUUAUACAAAGGUGUUAAUCUAUCUAACAAUAGCCCGAACCUCUCUAUCUUUCAACAUGCAGAUGACGCAAUUUUUCUUGGCGAAUGGUCCAAAGAGAAUGCUCUUAAGCUACUUUGCAUCCUCAAAUGUUUCCAUACCGCCUCCGGUUUCAAAGUCAAUCAUUCUAAAAGCAAUUGUGGGGAUGGGUCCCUCCCUUUCUCUUAUCUCGGAGUGCCGGUUGGGGCCAAAAUAUCCAGAAAGUCAAGUUAG